CAUUUCUUCUUCAGUAUCGAGUAAAACAGGACCAGACCCGGUGCAAAGUUGUCAUUAGUGCCAUGAAGAUUCUGGUGUACCUGUUGGCGGCCAUCACUGUCUGCCCCGCGCAGGACCUUGGUCACAUCAAGAACCUGCAGGUAACGAGUGGUGAUGGCUCCAUAACACUGGAGUGGGACUUCGUGGCAGGAGAUCCUACAUACAAGCUCCACAAGUACACUAUUCUUACCGAUAAUGACUUCAGCACUGAUCUCCGCUGUCCUGCUGCUCACUGUACAACCAUCAUAGAUUACCUUGAUGCCUGCAAGGAACACACCUUUGAUGUAACUCCUGUUUUUGAUGACACAGUGAAUGGCGGGUCAGUUAACGGAGACACCUCCUCCAUCAGUGGAUUUGCUAAUGCAAAAUCGCCGAGCUCCCCUACGAACCUGAGGAUCGUCUCGGACGGUGACUUGAGCACAACUCUACAAUGGGACGCCCCCACCCAGAACCCAACGUGUGUUCAGUCCUACAAGGUUUGCUACAUGUUGGAUAAAGACCCGACCCCCUCCUGUGAGACGACAGAGGACACCACCAUCACCCUGGCUGGUCUACAAGCCUGCGGCGAGUAUCACGUGACUGUGACGCCCGUGACGCCCAGUGAUACAGAGGGACCCCAGCUGGAGCAGGACGUCACUACCAGGGAUGGGGUACCAGGGCCACCCCAGAACGUGAAGGUGGGAGUCACUACCGACAGCAUCAUUGAGGUGGAAUGGAACGACCCUGUCGUCAACCCUCUCUGUGUUAAGGACUUUUCCUUCACUUGUGGGGAGGUCACUUCUCGAACCCGCUUCAGCUACCACCUGGUGGAGGACGAUGAUGACUACGAUCACCACGCUAACAUCGGCCCCCUCAAAGCCUGUACAGAGUAUACCAUCAGUAUCAAAUCCAUCGGCAAAAAUGGGGAAGAAAGCGCUUCAAUCACCAAAAACGCCACUACCAAGGAAGAUGAUCCACAUGCGCCUCCCUACAUCUUGGUGCACCCAACUAGCCCAGUCACCAUCGACGUGGAAUGGAGCAAUAAAGGAAAAGAACGCUGUGUUGGCUACUACAUUAUCUGCUGGUAUAGCAAACUUAUCCACACUGAAACAUGUCAAAAUGUGAUGGAUGCUGAUGGCAGUUUCACCAUCACCGAACUUAUUGGCUGCAACCGUUACGACGUCAGCCUCACGGUGGUGACCCCAGAAGGCACCCACAGCGAGACUGUCAGAAACUUCACCAAUACUCCUGAAGACACACCUGGUCCCGUGGUGAACCUCAAAGCGGACAAAGUCCAAUCCACUUCUGUGGAGGUCUCCUUCAGUGUGCCCAAAGUCAACCUGCAGUGUGUUGGUGGGUACGACAUCAAGGUGAUCAACUUUGACGCGAGUAAGGAUGCAGCCCCUCGAGGAACCGAAGGCCAGCAGGAUAUAGCUCUACAAGUGACCGAUAACCGCAUUGUCAGCACAGUCUCAGGCCUCAAUGCUUGUACCAACUAUGAAAUAAAAGUUGGUGCCCUCUCCCUGAGUGGCGAGUUGACCUCCCCCUGGGAGGCAGUCAUAGAGAGAACUGACGACCUUGCGCCUUCUGAACCCCAGCAUUUUGAAGUGAAAGAAGUAACCAGAAAUUCCGUGACGUUCCAGUGGUACCAACCUACCAGUAACCUUCCCUGCCUCACCGCGUACAAACUCACCUAUAAGCAUUUAAUCACUACCAAGACAAAAAUUAUUACAGAUAUAUCGAACUACAAGAUGGAGUACAUGGUUGAUGGCCUCAGUCACUGUGCUCAGUAUACAUUCACUCUCUCUGCUAAGUCCGUAACGAAAGAGAGCCAAGACCUGCAAAUUGUACAGCACACCGCCUGUUUCUAACUUAAACAUGUGUCAGUAACGCCUUAAACCCACCACCUACUGUACAUCAUUGACUCUGUGUCCAAGGAGGUUGAAUAAAUGGAGGUGGCAUUCACUGCCUCAAAUGAAGUCACUGACUGUAACUGAUGCCUUGACCAAUAUGGCGGUAUGUCUCGCUCACUGACUUUAUCCUCUUUGGCUGAUCCCACUAUAAUGAGAUUAAUUAAUAAAGCAAUAGUAUAAAA